CUCUCUCUGCUCUCUCUGCUCUCUCUCUCUCUCUCUCUCUCUCUCUCUCUCUCUCUCUCUCUCUCUCUCUCUCUCUGUCACUAGAGAGCGAGCAGCGAUAUUCCUGUGUCUUCACAUCUGUCUACAGAUCCAUAUGGCAGAAGAACAGCUGAACAUCUGAGGAUUACUCCACUUUCAUCCAGUUAUCAAUACAGAAACACGCAGCUCGACAUCAUGCAGGCAGAUGGACAGAAGGGUGUGGAUGGAGGUCUCUUGCCUGAUGCCAACGGGCGAGAUGGAGACCCCAGCGGGCAGAGAGAGAACGGCGGGAAGUGGCAGAAGCCGCGCAUCUCCCGCAAGUCUCUUAUGAAAUGCUGUCUGGUCAAAUGGAUCAUCGCCAGCACUGCCCCCCAAGCCUCAAACAGCAUUGACAGUGAUCUGGAGUUGGCCAUGGUGAGACAUCAGCCCGAUGGCCUUGAGCAGCUGCAGGCUCAGACCAAGUUCACAAGGAAGGAGCUUCAGUCACUCUACAGAGGCUUCAAAAACGAGUGUCCCAGUGGACUGGUGGAUGAGGAGACCUUUAAGUCUAUCUAUUCCCAGUUCUUCCCUCAGGGAGAUGCAACCACAUAUGCACAUUUCCUUUUCGAUGCAUUCGACAUGGACAGAAGUGGCUCUAUACGCUUUGAGGACUUUGUAAUUGGCCUCUCUGUUCUACUUCGAGGUUCUGUGACAGAGAAACUGAGGUGGGCCUUUAACCUAUAUGACAUAAACAAGGACGGAUACAUCACUAAAGAGGAAAUGAUGGCGAUCAUGAAGUCCAUCUAUGAUAUGAUGGGCAGCUACACCUAUCCUUCUGUAAAAGAAGAUGAAGCAUUUGAACAUGUGGAGAAAUUCUUCCAGAAGAUGGACCGAAACCGAGAUGGUGUGGUCACUAUUGAUGAAUUCAUAGAGACAUGUCAGAAGGAUGAAAACAUUAUGAGCUCCAUGCAGCUGUUUGAGAAUGUCAUCUAAAACCCAGCGUGAAGUCUUGAAAUGAUCCUUGUUUCUUUUUCCACAUCGGAUGUCAGCAUCUCUCUAUUAUUCCUCAACUGCUGCACAGGGACGUUUGUAGAAACACUUCUGUUUUGAAGCAUGUGCAUACAACUUUGAUUGUAUUGAAUGUGACAAUAAUACAGAAUGUGAGACAUCUGCCAGUAUGUCGACGUAUUUUUAAACAGGUUCAAAAUGCAUUUAUGUACAGUAUAGCUAUAUUAUUAAAAUGGAUGUAGCCUAUGAUUAGGUAGGCCUAAUUGAGAUUUUGCAUGUCUGCUCAGAAUCUGAACAUUUAUUCUAGGAAAUAAAGAUAUUUGUGAAUGAUCCAUAUGCUAUGUGGAACUUUACGAAGCAUUUGUGGUAAAUGUGGUACACAUUGUUUGUUUACUUUAUAUUUUCUAAAAAGCAUGGUUAUCGAUGUGCAUUGCUGUAGUAACAAACGUUUUAAAAUUUGUAUGACAUCUGUGCUCAAUGCUUAAGUGCUUAAGUCUAAAAACGUAGUUUUACUAUGACUAAAAGAUCAUGAUUUGAGUUGCAUUUAUUUUUGAUGCCACAAGAUGGCAAUGUAGUUCUCAAAAAUGCCUUAUGUUUGAAACAAUGUAAACGAUAUUCACUGGUCCUAAUUUUCAUCCACCUGAGCAAGACACUUUUGUCACCUAUUUGAUUCAUCUCUCUGCUGGCUAGGAGUCAAACUGUGGGGGCUGUCACCUUCUGUUUGGAAAAAACGCAAUGUCUUUUAUUCUCAUCACAACCUAUUAUAAAAGUUCCUCUUUUUCUGGGUCACCUUAUUUCCGCAAACACAAAGAAAAAUGUCAAUCUAACACAGCAGGCUUUUUUAAAAACUGUGCCCUCAGAACAUGUUAUAAGAAAUUUUGUGACACAACAAAAUUAAUGCAUUGUAUUUUGAGGGGAAAACACCAUGCACACAGGCUAUACACACAAAAUAGGUUGAACUUUGUAAAAACUAGAAGAAAAACCAAACUGGAGCACUUCAGGUCACAGUCAUUAAUAACAUCAUUGUGGUAUAAAAUAACAAAACAUUACAUCAUGAUAAUUUCUUAGUUUUUUUAUUAGUAGUAGUAGGCUAGUAGUUUUUAUAUUUAUUUAUUUACAUUAUUUUAUUUUUACCAAAACUUGUUGUCAUAUACAUUUAUGAUUUAAAUGUUUAUUGACUAAACUAUUUCUCACGAUCUUUAAAUCUUUUAAUCUGAACUGAUGUAUGCAGUCAAAAGCAUCUUAAGGUGAUACCUCAAGAAGCUAGUUGAUAAAAUAAAGUUACAUUUUUAUAAAAAUAAAUCAAUGUUAAAAUAAUUUGUUUAAUUCACAGCAUAAUUCGUUAAGUUUUGUUAUUGAAGUUGCUAUGAAAUUAUUAUCAUCCUAAAAUUUAAGAACAUUUUAUAAGAAAUAAGAAGAUGACCUCAAACUUUUGACUGUAGUGUAUUCACAAUGCAGGUGUGAACAUCUCACUCAUGGAUAUUCUGUAGGCCUUUUAAUGUGUUUGGUAACUCUGAACUUCUUGUCUGGACCACAUAACUGGUUGUCUGUGUUCGUAAUUAUAUUAUCUUGGUGUCCUCAUGCUGAAUUGUGACUGAGGGCAGUGUGUGUGCAUCUGCUGCAUGUGGGAGGAAGUCUAAACUCGAGUGAAAAUAGCUCUGACUUCCUGUGUCAACGGUUGCAAUGAGGAAGAAUCUGGCAGGGAGGGGCAAAUGGGUAGUUUAGCUUGUCAAAGACACAUGCGUUCCACAGCUGUUUUUAUGGGGAUCAGCUGAGCCAGCCUGAAGACUUCUUCACUUUUUGCUUGAUGAAUUGAGUUUUUAGAGUUCUACUUUUUCAAAUCUGUGGUGGAGUCUAACUUGGUUUCAAUUGCAUUACUGGACUCUCUCAUAUGCUGCUUGGACGGUAAGUCACCUGCUCCGGCAUCUUCAGCAUCAGGUUCUAUAGCAAAGAUCUUUGAAGGUUUAACAACAAAACGAACUCAUAAUGUGGAUAAUAUGAGGAAUUUAAAGUUUCUUGUUCAUUACUGUUUUACUUUUUAAAAGAUGAAUAUGUCAGAGGAAUUCAUGGACUAUUUAGCAUUACACACUACUAUUACACUUUACAGGCUUUGUAAGACUUCAGUGUAUUUUAAAAGCAUAUGUGCAUCAUGAGAAUCUUGCCUGGAGCCUUUCUGUGAUUCUCAUGCUAAAAGUCACAAGAUUCUCACUUAUCCAUUAUUCUCAGACCUUCAUAAAGCUUCCCCACCUACCCAAUAUGGACAGUGUGGAUACAGACGAGGUGCAGAUUGGAGAAAACAAAUGUGUAAGCAAGUGCACUAUUCUCUCCCACCUUAAAACGUAUAACCUUU